CUAAGUUAUGGCAGUAACAGCUCCUAUCAAGAAGGCCGCUGAGGCGCCGGUGACUCCUGUGAAGAAAACAACCGCUCCAGUUGAAGUACAGUCGACGGGAGCUACUGAGAAGAAGGAAGAGGUUUCCCCACUUGUGGAGAAGACGACUGACAUCCCCACCACACAGGAGGAGACUACAGUGAACCCCUCGAAGAGGUAUAGGCGUGUUCAGAGGAAUAGGGAUGAGAAGGAUCCAGUGGCUCUCGCUCAUGAGGUUCGCAUUACUGUUUCGGGUGGUGUUGGAUUGUUCGUUAAGGAAGGCGUUCGUAAGCUAUUGGAUGUCACUGAGGGAGUCCCUGAGAUUAAAGUCAUGGCCAGAGGUCCGGCCAUUGCUAAAGCUGUGAUCGUCUCUGAGAUGAUUAAUCGUAUGAUUUCUGAGUUGGAGCAGGAGGUUGAGCUUGGUUCCUCAGAUGUCAGUGACGAAUACGUGAGUGUUGACGAGGAGCAUGAGACGAUUGUUGCGACUCGUAUUGUGCCUUUCCUGGUCAUUACUAUUCGCCAUCCUAAAGGAUUGAUUGACAAGAGUACUGUAAGCAGACGCCCUAGGAGCACUCGCGUCCCAAUCGCCACUAAAGCUGAUAUUGCGGCGAUUCGAGAGAAACAACAGCAGCAACAACCACAGGAAGGUACUGAGAUUACCUCUAAGAAGAGGACUAGGAGAAACCGUAAGGCGCGUCGUGGAACGCCUAAUGCUGAUGUUGCUGAGGGAACCACUAAAAGCGAAGUGAAGGCAGAAGCUCCGAAGUCUGAUGUGAAAAAGGGAGUGUCCAAGGUUGAUGAUGAGGUUCCAGUUGAAAAAGUAGUCGAGAAGAAAGAGAAAGUGACGAAGACUGCCCCUGUGGUGGUUGAAAAAGAAGCAUCGGCGUUUGACGGCGCAGUGAAGCCUCGUUCGAAGUAGUGAUAGUAUUGAAAUAACCGUGGCCGUUGCGGUAGUUUUUCCAUAGCAAAUACCAUUGAUGAUGGCAGUUGAUGUGAUUUAGAUAGGAUAGUGAGGGGCGGCGCCGCGGCUAGGUUGGUUGGAGUACCCAUCAGCCCGGUUCGAAUCUCUGUAGGGUCUCAUAUCACCCGCAUUUUUCUUACGUCUGUGAAGUCGUAUGUUGUUACUCUUAUCAUAGUGAUGAAUACUGGUUUAUUGACGUUGGCCUGUUGCAAGGUGAUCUCGUUCUUGUUGUUUGUAUCAUCAGCAUGGACGUUUUUAUUGCAUCUACCAUAAUAGUCGUCAAUUUCAGCAAGUCGUCGUUAACUCCGGUUAGACAUCCUUUAUUCCAAGCACUCGUUUUUCUUUUUGUCCUCGUAAGAGUUUCAAGCUA